AUGGCCGACUCCUUCAGCCUCCCCCACGUCGGCCGCCGCCCCGCAACGGUGCUCUCCGCCACUGAGCUCAUCGGCAACACCCCGUUGGUGCGUCUCAACAAGGUGCCCCAGUCGCUAGGCGUCGAGUGCGAGGUCUACGUCAAGGCCGAGCUGUUCAACGCCGGCGGCAGCGUCAAGGACCGCAUCGCCCUCCGCAUGGUCGAAGAGGCCGAGAAGAGCGGUCGCAUCAAGCCCGGCGACACGCUGAUUGAGCCCACCUCGGGCAACACCGGCAUCGGCCUCGCCCUCGUCGGCGCCAUCAAGGGCUACAAGACCAUCAUCACCAUGCCCGAGAAGAUGUCGGCCGAAAAGGUCUCGGUCCUGCGCGCUCUCGGCGCCACCAUCAUCCGCACCCCGAACGAGGCCGCCUGGGACGCGCCCGAGUCGCACAUUGGCGUCGCGCGCCGCCUCGAAAAGGAGAUGCCCAACGCGCACAUCCUCGACCAGUACGGCAACGUCGACAACCCGCGCGCGCACGAGCUCGGCACCGCCGAGGAGAUCUGGGAGCAGACGGGCGGCCGCAUUGACGCCAUCGUCGCCGGCGCCGGCACCGGCGGCACCAUUACUGGCCUCGCCCGUGGCCUCAAGAAGCACAACAAAGACAUCAAGGUCGUCGCCGCCGACCCGCACGGCAGCAUCCUCGCCGUGCCCGAGGCGCUCAACGACGAGCACGCCAACCAGCCGUACAAGGUGGAGGGCAUCGGCUACGACUUCAUCCCCGACGUUCUCGACCGCCCGCUCAUCGACAAGUGGUACAAGACGGACGACCGGGAGUCGUUUGUCCUGGCGCGCCGCCUCAUCGCCGAGGAGGGUCUGCUCGUCGGUGGCAGCUCCGGCUCGGCCAUGGCGGCCAUGCUCAAGGCCGUCAAGGACUACGGCUUCAAAAAGGGCGACGUCGUCGUCGUCGUGCUGCCUGACAGCAUCCGCAGCUACCUGUCCAAGUUUGCCGACGACGACUGGCUGGCGGCCAACAACCUGCUCCCCGUCAACGGUGUCGAGACGUCCUCCGUCGCCGGCAGCACCACCCCCGCCGACCCCUACGCCGGCGCCACCAUUGCCUCGCUACGCCUCAAGCCCGUCACGUCGGUUUCCGCCACGGCCGACUGCUCCGAGGCGGUGGAGACGAUGCGCGACAAAGGCUUUGACCAGCUGCCCGUACUGGCCGCCUCGGGCCGCCUCGUCGGCGUCGUCACGCUCGGCAAUCUUCUGAGCUUCAUCUCCAGCGGCCGCGCCACCGGCCAGACGCAGGUAAAGGACGUAAUGUUUGACUUUGGCCGCAUGGACGAGAUUGUCACGGACCCGCGCCAGACGGCGGGCGGCGCCGCUUCCACGGGCACGAAGCGCAAGUUUGUCGAGAUUACGCUCGACACGUCGCUUAGCUAUCUCAGCAAGUUCUUCGAAUGGAAUAGCGCGGCCGUGGUCACGGAGAAGAGCGCGGAUAACAAGACGCUCGCGAAGCCGGUCGCAGUUGUGACCAAGGUGGACUUGCUCACCUGGAUGGUCAGCAAGAAGCUUUAA